AUGCAUCGAGUACGCUCCCGUGCGUCGUUCUCUAACCGCUCUAGUGAAGACCUCGUUCAGGUGCCGCCGGGUCUUGAGUUGGACGAAGAGGAGCUCGCGCUCCUGGAGCAACAGCGCCAGCUCGAGAACGCCUUAGCACGACACGAGCACGGCAAUGUUCCCCGAUCUCUUUCUCGACGCAUCCUGGACUAUAUGGUCCAGAGCAGCGACGGCGCUGAUCUGAGAACGAAUCAGUCAAUUCUGGGCACGGAGUCGAGGGCGUUUCCGGAAUGGAGCACGUUUCAGCGCCCGGUAGCACGGAAGGGUCCACGAUACGACGAGCUUCGACUGGGCGAGCUACUUGUACGACGUGGUCACCCGUUGCCGUACGGCGUGAGCCUGAGCCCGGAGGGCACGAAUUUCGCUAUUUUCACAGAUGAGGAGGAGCAUGUGGCCCUGAUCCUUUAUCCGGCCAAGUCGCGGCGUCAGCUAAGGCACGAGCGUUUGCAGUCUGCAGCUGCUGCAUCUAUCGAAAGCGCCACGCCUGUGACCUCGAAUACUGAGAAGUCCGCACCCAAGACAGACUCUCACAGUGGCGAGCAUGUCAUGGACAAACAAACCGAAACUGCACCACCCAGCGACGCAUCGCAAGAGACGGGUGCGAGAGAAAGUUCCGAGAGCACGCCCGCUAGGACAGAGUCUGCUGCUUCUGCGCUGUUGCGCAGGAAUCGGGCGCCGUUUAUCGUUCGCGAGAGCAGCACGGACGACGAGGACCGCUUUGAAGACGUCCGUUCGAACGCUGGUAGCACCGGCGGAAGCACACCGCGAGCGAUGAGCGAAGGCCUCGAAGAUCCCAGUAACAACGAUGCGGUGAUGACCACGAGCGCGCUCCAGAGCAGCACAAGGCAAGCAAAGUCGGUACUGGCUACCGCACAAAUUUUACCGCAUCAGAGCGGACUGCUCUUCCCGAUGGAUUGGUUUUUACCGGUCCCAAGUAUUGACGACGCAAAACCUCUAAUUAUCGAACUUGAUCCUGUCAUCCAUCGAACAGGCCAUGUUUGGCACGUACAGAUCGCCCCAAAUGUGGAACAUUAUGCCUAUGCAUGGCGCAUCGGCGAUCGACCAACGCGCUGGGGCUCAAACAUCGUCCUCGAUCCAUACGCUAAAUGCGUUUUCUCUCCACCGAGUGCGGAUUUCAACCGCCCACCGGGACCUUAUCGGCCGAUUUGUGGUGUUCCCGCUAUUGGAGAACUCGAUUUCGACUGGGAUGGCGUCCUUCCUCCACGGUAUCCGUUUAAGGACUUGAUCAUCUAUGAGCUGCAUGUGAGAGGUCUCACAAAGCAGACUACUUCGCCCUAUGCGGGUACCUACCUGGGCGUCAUUGAAAAGAUACCGUACUUGAAGCAACUCGGUAUCAAUGCAGUUGAAUUGAUGCCUUGCGCCGAAUUCAACGAGACCGAAUGGGACAUGCGAAAUCCGAGCACCGGCGAACGAUUGUGUCAGUUCUGGGGCUACUCACCGAUCUCUUUUUUUGCGCCCAUGAAUCGUUAUGCGAUGCAGGGCUUUACCUCGGCUGUGCGGGAAUUCAAAACCAUGGUUCGCGAGCUGCAUCGCCACGGCAUCGAGGUCAUCCUUGAUGUGGUUUUCAACCACACCGGGGAGUUUGGAGACGACGGACCGCCGCCCCUCUUUUACCACUUCAAAGGCCUCGCGCUGAGUACUUAUUAUAUUCUGGAUAGGAAGAAUCAGUUUGCAAACUAUAGCGGGUGUGGCAAUUCGCUCAGUGCGAAUCACGUUGUCACUGCGGAGUUCAUCCAUGAGUGUGUUCGGUACUGGGCUCUGGAGAUGGGUGUCGACGGCUUUCGCUUUGACUUGGCUGCAGUGAUGUGUCGAGACCCGCAAGGUCAGCCCAUGGCGAGUCCGCCGGUAAUCGAGCGGCUCAGCAAAGAUCCCUGCUUACGGCACUUGAAACUGAUCGCAGAACCAUGGGAUCUGGGUCAGUACCUGGUCGGACAUUUUCCACAUUACGGGUGCUGGGCGGAGUGGAAUGGUCGCUUUCGAGACACGGUACGGCGUUUCAUUAAGGGAGAUCCGCAUCUGAUCGGUGACUUUGCAACCCGUCUAUGCGGCUCAGAGGAUCUCUACGCGAACGGACGACGUCCGUGGCACUCCAUCAACUUUGUCACCGCUCAUGAUGGAUUCACCCUCUACGACCUGGUUUCCUACGCCGAAAAACAUAACUGGGAUAAUGGUGAGGAAAACCAGGACGGUGAAAGCCACAACAAUAGCUGGAACUGCGGCUUCGAAGGCGACGGGACCCCGAAUCCGAACAUUUUCUUCCUGCGGCAGAAGCAGAUGCGCAACUUUCUGGUAGCGUUGCUGAUAUCGACGGGUACCCCAAUGGUGCUUAUGGGUGAUGAGUAUGGCCAUACACGUCGCGGAAAUAAUAACGCCUGGUGCCAGGACAACGAGCUGAACUACAUGGAUUGGGAUAAGGUUGCUCGCGAUGAACGGGGUCUGGUUCGGUUCACGCGCCUCAUGAUCCUGUUCCGGCGGGUGAACACCUUCCUCUGUCGUCAGAACUUCGUCACCAGACACGACGUGAGCUGGAUCCAUGCCGACUGGAGUAGUGCCUACAACUUCCUGGUGAUGAGAAUCAUCGAUCCCGGAAACGAUGACUUGCUGGUGGGGUUUAAUGCCGGUCCCGAGCGGCGCACGGUCACUGUACCACCGCUGUCGAGCGAUCGCCAGUGGCUCCGCAUCGUGGACACCAAUCUGGCUCCGCCGUUGGAUUUCUGUAACGGAGAUAAUCCAACCAAGAUCUACGGCACCUACGUCAUGCAACCCUGGAGUUCGAUUAUUCUCCAGAGCCACCGCCGCAGCGUGCUCAUCCAGAGCUUGGAAGAACACCUUCGCGGACGCGAAGCAGCCUCCUAG